AUGCACGAAGGAAUUUUUAAAGUAUUGUUUUUGAGGGAAUUCGAGGAUACUUUAAUGAGCUCUCAUGAAUGUGAUCGCUCACCGCGUAAGCGUAUUCUUCUUGGAGUCACUGCCAGUGUUGCGGCAAUCAAAACGCAACUGCUUUUAAACCUUUUGAUUAAUAACGAUUAUGAUGUAGAAGUUGUUGCUACAGAUGCUUCAUUAUACUUUUUUGAUCAAAAUAAAAUACCUGUCCGAAUACACAAAACUGCAGAUGAAAUGUGCUGUUGGAAAACCCGAGGUGAUCCUGUACUUCACAUUAACUUGCGAAACUGGGCGGAUAUCCUUUUGAUAGCGCCUCUUAGUGCUAAUACUCUAGCGAAAAUUAGUAAUGGAAUAGCUGACAAUCUUCUCACGUGCAUCGCCAGGGCUUGGUGGUGGUCUAAUAAACAAGAACGUAAGCCGGCAUUUUUUGCGCCGGCAAUGAACACUCAGAUGUGGGAGCACCCUCUUACUUGUGAGCAUAUUGACGUCCUAGUGCACAAAUUGCACUGGACUCAGAUCCCGCCUAUUUCAAAAGUUCUUAUUUGCGGAGAACAUGGAAUUGGUGCUAUGGAAGAGCCAGAAAAUAUUGUAUCGACAAUCAAGACCUUUUUCUUAAACUGA